CAAGCAGUCUCAACACGCCCACCAUGUAAAGGCAGUAUCCCUAUGAUUUUCAUAAUUAGCAGUCUUGCCAUCAAAUGAUCAAAAAGCCCAUGACAUAACUAGAACAAGCACUGAAUAUUUCAUGGUCAAUUUUAUCAACCGCCAUCACAAUACCUGUGGAAUGAAUUGAUAAUAGCAACGUGCCUUCUCCAAGCUGCCGGGUAACGGUUACGUACUUUCACUAGGCUUAUAUUCAUCAUACUUGCUGACGAACGGUGAUAGUCAACAUGGCUGGUAAACGUAUUGCUGUUAUAACAGACCCAGACUUAAGUCAGCUAAGCUAAAUGUCAAUGAAUUGGAAGACUGGGAUGUUGAAUCUCUCAACAAACAACAGGUUAAGCGAGUUGUUGCAUGAUGCUCUCAACCAUUGCAACGUGAUCCCCUCUACUUUUACCAGAUCUCAUUUGAUUAUUCAUUCAGUUGCCAUCUUUGGAUGAAUAGUAUUGUCAGUCAAGGAAAGUCUCUUAAAUGCCUAAUCAUUUUUAGGUUACUGGUGCCAAUAAAGGAAUUGGUUUUGGCAUCAUGAAGGAAUUGUGUUCAAAAUUUGAUGGCAUUGUCUACCUGACCUCCAGGGAUGAAACUCGAGGAUUAGCUGCCGUCAAGAAUUUGAGUGAGUUGGGACUUCAAGCUCAAUACCAUCAGCUGGACAUUGAUAAUAUUGGAAGUAUCAAGAAAUUUGCAGAAUAUAUCAAGACAAAAUAUGGAGGUUUUGAUGUUCUUGUUAAUAAUGCUGCUAUUGCAUAUAAGAAUGCUGCAACUGAACCAUUUGGGGAGCAAGCUGAAAACACCAUACGUGUUAAUGUCAUUGGAACAUUGAAUGCCUGCCGGGAAUUAUUUCCACUUCUUCGUCCUGGAGCUAGAGUUGUCACUGUUUCAAGUUCCUGCGGGCAUUUGCUGAGGAUUAAUGGUAGUGAACCUGCAGCAUCAGCCUUAAGGGAGAAAUUUGCAUCCCCAACACUUACAGAAGACGAGAUUGUUUCUCUAGUGAAUCAGUUUGUUGAAGCUGCAAAGGCUGGAGAUUGGAAUGCUAAAGGAUGGCCUAAUAGCACCUAUGUUGUGAGUAAAGUAGCUGUGUCAGCACUUACACGAGUACAGCAAAGGGCUUUUGAUGCAGACCCCCGGAAGGAUAUUGUAGUUAAUAGCUGUCAUCCAGGAUAUGUUGAUACUGAUAUGACAUCUCACAAGGGUCCACUGACAAUUGAGCAAGGUGCAGUUAGUCCUUCUUACCUAGCCUUGUUGCCUCCUGACACUGAUCUUCGUGGUGCUUACGUAUGGUGUGACAAGCAAGUAGUAGACUGGGUAAAUGGCCCAACACCUUCUGUUGUCUGAUCUUUGGCAUCAUCUUAGAAUCAAAAAGUAAGGAAAAUAAAGUCUCAUCCAAUGAGUAUAUUUUACUAAAGAUUCUCCGUAGUACUGUGAUAUAUUAAAAGAAAUCGUAUAUUCAGUAGUACGUACAGUUCAUACCUCUGUUUACUUAAUGGAAUAACUAAAUGUAUUUUAAUUCAUUUUUUGUACCAAAGUAUUUUAGUGGACAUUUAAGACUUAUUACAGACAUUUAUGCAAGUUUUCUGAGUAGAUUACAUGAAGAGUAAAAUAUGACUUCA